UGGAUUAACUAUCAUUAGGAAUAACUUUGUGAUACAUGGCAUUUUAGAGAAUCCUUAUCUGCAUUUAAGAUAAUUUCCUUGUAUGUAUUCUAAAACGGGAAUGAGUGGGUCAACAAGAAUGAACAUUUUACGGCUCUUGAUUAUGGCAUUUAGUUGCAAGACAAAAUUGAGGUUUUCAAUCGUCAAUGGUAGAGUUUCAAUCCACAGUUGAUCCUCCUUCUGUUUGCACAUUGCGUAUAGAUAACACUAAGAGCCAAGGUUGUUAUCUGAUCAGUAGUGCUGCUAUGGUUGAGCAAGGCAUUUUUCUGGCCCAGUUUUUUAGUGGGCUUGCCUGUGCCACGUUUUUCUGAUAAGUUUUAUGGUUAUUCAAAGAGAAUAAACUGAAUCUUACUCGUAAGAGGACUCCUAAGCCAGUGCUCAUUUUACUGAAACAUGGGGGCCUAGUUCUAGGGAGUAGCAUAAAGUUAGAACCUUGUGACUUAUGGCUGGACCUGUGGUGCCCACCAUUGUCUGCCCAGACCUCUGUGAACUGAAUACACUGGCACCUGCUCCAGCGUCUGGUGGGGGGCACUUCUGAACCUCCCCAACUUGCUCUGCUCCCCUGCUUCAGCUUCUGCCUGUUGGCUUCAGGCAAAUUCGUUAAUUCUUCCUCUUUUUCCUGUCAAAACCUUUUCCUUCAAUCACUGCUGGAACUUUCCUCUGGCUGUUGGAACCCUGCAGGUCCAUAGACACUCCAGGUUCUGUGUUAUGUUGGCCCAUCACAUCAAGAGAAUGCAGAGAAGCAAGACACCAUUUUUUGGGGAGUAGGGACUUCCUCUCCUGUUACAGGUGGGAAAGAAACGGACUGCGGGCCCUCUCUUGGAUUAGCGGCGGGCAUCCCAUCCCUGGUGGCCACAGCCCUGCUGGUGGCUUUACUAUUUACUUUGAUUCACCGAAGAAGAAGCAGCAUUGAGGCCAUGGAGGAAAGUGACAGACCAUGUGAAAUUUCAGAAAUUGAUGACAAUCCCAAGAUAUCUGAGAAUCCUAGGAGAUCACCCACACAUGAGAAGAAUACAAUGGGAGCACAAGAGGCCCACAUAUAUGUGAAGACUGUAGCAGGAAGAGAGGAACCUGUGCAUGACCCUUACCGUCCUACUAUAGAAAUGGAAAGAAGGAGGGGAUUGUGGUGGCUUGUGCCCAGACUGAGCCUGGAAUGAUGCAGCUCAGUCAAGGAGCAGACCUGGCACUGGAACAGGGUUGAAAACCCAGGGUUUUGUACUUGGAGAGGAGAGAUGCCAAGCUGCUUCUUAAUCAAUCCAAAUUUCAUUUACAGCUCUGGAACACUUUGGGGCUGAUUUGUCUCUUUAGGGGACAUCGCCAACACGGUUAAUUCCAACUCUCAGAUCUUGUGCUUUAGUUAGUACAUGUGACUCACCAGAUGGGGUCCUUAGAUCCUGUUCCAGCUCCCAAUGGGAAUUUGCUUUUCUUUGUCAUUUUGGGAAAGGGGCUUGGUUUCUGAGUGUUUUGCCUUCUCAUCUUUUUUUUCAUAUCCCUUUUCUAAAAAAAGCCAUCAGAUCUGACUUUCAUGGAAGUGUUACCGAGGUCAGCCUGGUGCAAGUUGGGAUACAAAUGAAACUUACGCAGGAUGUGUGAGAGGAAGCAGUUAAUUGUUUCUGAAUAUCUCAGAGUAGAAAUCAUGUGGAGCCACACAUUCCUGACCACAGGGAAGCACAUGCCUCAAUCAUGCCACACAGCAGCGGAAAGAAUAUGGACUCUUAAGUCACACCUACCACUGAGCAGCUGUACGACUUUGGAGAAGUUGUUUAACAUUUCCAAGCCUCAGUUUUUGCUUUUUUAAAGGAGGGAAAUAUUUGCCUCAUGUCAUAAUUGAAAAGAUUAAAUAAGAAAUAAAGGGAAGUGUCUGCUACUUAGUUGCCAGUCAAAAUGUUAGUUCUCUCUCUCUACCCCCUUCCUCCUACCUCUUCCCAUAUUGCUUGCCUGAUAAAAUAGCUAAUCACCAGCAUUUGUUCCCCAUAGUCACAGGGUCACACAAGGGAACAUUUAGGGCAAAUUUUCUCCACGGCCUGUGAUCCAAAUUGUUAUCUAAAGAUGAUUCUAGGUGUUGCUGGUAGUAUAUGAAUCUUCCAAUCUCGGUGUGAUCGUGUCCUCAUAUGAAUCAGGAAAAGGCACGUUCUUAUAAGUUCCAAAUUCCAAAUACAGAGACUGGUGGUGUUACAUUUAACCUUAAAGAUGUUAAUAUUGAUGGAAAUUCAUGUUUCAUAUUAAAACAACACUUUGUCUUUACAAUGAAACAUUUUGCUUAAUUUUUAAAGUAAGACAUUAUGAUACCUCUGAUGGCAGUUCCUCAAAUAACUUUAACUUUUGUGCUUUAGGGAUAGUUGUUAAAGUUACAGCUUCUUUUAUUUUAAUUUUUUAAAGGCUUCAGAUUAAACAAGAGCCCUUAAGCCCAUGCAUAGCAUUGCCGCUUCAGCUUGCUGAGGACUCUCUCCAAGGAGGCCAAAUGGAAAACGAGAGGCCACUUCAAGUGGUGUUGGCCCAUUGAGCCUAUUGGGCAAACUAUAACCAGGUUGCCUUAUUUUGUGUGGAUUACUCCAGGAUAGGCCACCCUCCAGCUUUCUCUUAUCCCAGUAACUCCUCUUCCCAUUUUCCAAUCCGUCCCCAGCCUUUUUUUUUUUUUCUUUUGUACUCUUCUUUUGCUUUCAAUAUGAAUUUCAUUUCCUCAGUGACUUUGGGCAGACUUCCUUCUAGCAUGUGUCAGCUACCCUACCACCCACCUGGCCUAGGAGACGCAUCAUUCAUUGCUCCUACUUGUGUCUGUAAUCAGAGAGUAUUUAAGGAGGGCAGUUCUGCGAUGGACUGUGUGUGUGUUGAAAGUAAAGAUGGGGGGGGUGGGGAAGGCAAGAGUUUCCCCAAGAGAUUAUUAGAAAUGAGGGCUGUAUCUACUCUGUUGGAAUGGAGAAAAGAACCAAGUCCUUGGAUAUCAUGGGGAAAGCUGUUUGGCAGAAAGAAAAAUCAAGAGGACCCAAGUGGAUGGAGACAGGACCACAGGAAUGGGCCAAGGACCAACAUGCCUGCCAUUCAGCCAGCUUGGGACAAGCUUUCACUUUCACUCCCAUGAGGAGGCUUCCAAGCAGCCUGGUUCCCCCAUGUAUAGCCAUUGCCCUCGAGCAGGCCAGGCCUCCCAGUGGGAAGGCCUGGGUCCAGGGCAUCUUAAGUUCAUCCACCAGCUCCAUGAGCCACACAGAUAUCCUAGAAAAUAUUCCUUUUUCACACAGGGCUUCUGAUUACUCAGAAACAUGCCCCUCUUCCCUGAAUAAUCAAGAACAUGUUCUAUAAAUCCAAUCUCUGCCACAUGUCAACACCUCCUCUUCAAAGCCCCUUUUGAAACUCAGUUUUGUGCCAAGUCCUCUGGAUCUAAUUACCUUAAACAAGCAGAUUUAGCCAUUUUUAAACAGACGCUCCCAGUCAUCCUGGUGCUUGUACUUCUCCUACAUGUCAUGACAGACCUUGGAUUUACUGAGAACUCAGCCGUGGCCUUGGCUUUGAUACUUAUAGGUGUCAGCCCUUGGGCUGAUUGUUGAUCAUCCAGAGCCUCAGUUCUGUACUUGUAAAGUGGAGACAGCAGUUCUCAUCCUCCUAGCCCAUGGGGUGGUUGUGAAGCUGGAUUGAAAUAUGCGUGUGACUAAGCCAUGUAGCUAUAACGUGAGGGAUGAUUUGUAUUUUAGAUCAGUUAUUUUAAUUCUACUUAUAAUCCAUUGCUUAAAAUCUUUUUUUAAACAUUGUUUCUAUUAAACUAGAAAGGUCCAGCAUUUCUGUCAUUUACUUCUGCUAUGAGACACAAGAACUUAUGUUGGAAUGAAGUGAAAAGUAAAAUGGCCAUUCUUAUGAACCUACAAAA